AUGCUGCCGUGGAUUGGAUCCCACUUUCUUGUCCGAUGGUUCUAUGACACCAUGAUUACGAGCAAGGCCAAGAACCCUAACCCCGAAGCGCUAGUCGAGGCCAUGAGAAAGGGAUACAAGUCUCUCAAGGGAAUUGAUGCCGACUUGCACAAAGAUGACCAACUGAUGAAGAAGAUAGCUGGGUCUGCCAGGGCUGCCUUUGCUGGCGGCAGCGAGGGCUAUGUGACUGAUGCUACCAUUCUCACCAGGCCGUGGGGAUUUGAUCUCGGAGCCGCAGAAGCUGCCAAGGUGGCCAUGUGGUAUGGAGACAAGGACACCACGACCCCCUCUGGCUGCGGGAAGGGGUGUGCGGGAGCUCAUUGGUGGCUGGAAGCUGACUGUUCUUGA